AUGGAUCAAGAAAUUGAUGUUCCUUCAUUUUUCAUCUGCCCCAUUUCUCUGGAAAUCAUGAAAGACCCCGUCACAAUUACAACCGGGAUAACCUACGACCGGGAGAGCAUCGAGAAAUGGCUAUUCUUGAGCAAGAACAACACCUGCCCCGUCACCAAACAAGUGGUUUCGGGCUCUGACAUCACCCCAAACCACACUCUCCGCCGGCUGCUCCAAGCUUGGUGCACCUUGAACGCUUCUCAAGGCAUCGAGCGGAUCCCUACUCCGAAGCCGCCUGUCAGCAAAACGCAGAUCGCCAAGCUCUUCAGAGAAGCCAAAAAGUCUCCACAGUGCUUGUCGAAAUGCCUUAGAGAGAUCCGGUCCAUGGCGUCCCACAGUGAAGCCAACAAGAGAAGCAUCGAAGCCGCUGGCGCAAGCGAGUUCUUGUCUUCCAUAAUCAUCAACAACGUCAGAAACAACAACAGUGUUGAAAGCGAAGAAGCUAUGAGCAUCCUCUACAACCUCAAUCUCAGCGAAGACGCACUCAAAACACUUGUAGGCAAAGAAGGGGAGUUUAUCGAGGCCUUGAUCAAGCUCAUGCAACGUGGAAGCUACGAGUCUCGAGCUUAUGCAGUGAUGUUAUUCAGAUCAAUGUUCGAGGUGGCUGACGACCCAAUGAAGAUGACAAACUUAAGACCUGAAUUCUUCAUCGAAGUCGUUCAGGUCUUGAAUGAUCAGAUCUCACAGCAGGCCUCAAAAGCCACAUUGCAGCUGCUCAUCAAGCUCUGCCCUUGGGGACGGAACCGAGUCAAGGCCGUCGAAGCCGGGGCGGUUAAUGUCUUGAUCGAGCUUCUCCUUGAUACAUCUGCAGACAGGAGGACCUUGGAAAUGACACUGAUAGUUCUUGACAUGAUAUGCGCCUGCGCAGAAGGCCGCGCAGACCUGCUGAACCACGGGGCAGGACUCGCGGUGAUUUCGAAGAAGAUAAUGAGAGUUUCGAAGGUGGGGAGCGAGAGGGCUGUGAGGAUUUUGUUCUCCAUUUGCAAGUUCUCAGCGACCCCGAGUGUUUUGCAGGAGAUGAUGCAACUGGGUGUUGUGGCAAAGCUGUGCUUGGUGCUUCAAGUGGACAGUGGGAGCAAGACCAAGGAGAAGUCCAGAGAGAUCUUGAAAUUGCAUGCAAGGACAUGGAAGAACUCUACUUGUAUACCAAGCAGUUUGGUUUCUUCUUAUCCUUCAUAG